AUGCCAUCUGUAACCCUAUCACCUUACAAGCAAAUUCCGGAGACUAAGGAAGAUCUGGACUGGGCCGAACUCACAACUCUCCAUCUCGAUGACCUCGACCAACCCGGUGGAAAGGAUAAGCUUGCGAAGCAGUUGGAAUAUGCUAUUCACAAUGUUGGUUUUUUCUACGUAAAGAACUUUGGCAUUUCUCAGGAGGAAGUCAAUCGCCAAUUCGCAUUAGGCCGAGAAUUCUAUGAUCUCCCGCUUGAGGAGAAAUUGAAGUACCAUAACCUUAAGGAGUUGGAAGGGGGGAACUUCAACGGGUAUAGGCCUUCGGGGCUUAGAACUAUUGGCACAAUCAAAGACAAUAUUGAGGUUUACAACAUCCCCAAGUUCGAUGGGUACCAUCCACGGACUCAUCCCAAGGUUGUAGAGGACCACAUACAAGAGAUCGAGAAGUUUAGUAGGGACGUUCAUGAGAAAGUCGUCGUGAGACUCCUCCGCGUCUUCGCCACUCUCCUCGAACUUCCAGACCAGGACCAGCUAGUGAAAGACCACGCCUACAACGAGAAAGGCGAAGACCACCUGCGGUACAUGCACUACAAAGCACGCACCCCGGAGGAAAACGAGGGAGUUGGCAAAUUGUACGGCGCCGGCCACACCGAUCUCGGAACCAUCACACUGCUCUUCCGGCAGCCGGUUGCAGGACUGCAGAUUCUGAAUUCCGAGGAUCAGUGGAAAUGGGUGAAGCCUCAGGAUGCUACGAUCACAGUUAAUAUCUGUGAUGCGUUGAGUGCGCUUACGGCUGGGUAUUUCAAGAGCAGUAUCCAUCGUGUGCACGCGCCGCCCAGCGACCAGGCUCAUAUCGACCGUCUUGGGCUCCUUUAUUUUGCGAGACCUAACAACCACGUAAUCCUCAAUCCCAUCGCCAACAGCCCCUUACUUCACAGACUUGACUUGAAAUCUAACAACUUCACCGACCUUGGAAAGACGAUCACCAUGGAGGAAUGGGUGCUCGCCCGACAGAGGCAGCAACAACGUCGUAUUGCACCUACGGAAGUGUCCAAGGAGGGAAAGUAUAUAUACCAUGAGAAGGAUCUUGAGGUUCUUCCAGGGUUGGCUACGAAGAUUUAUUAG